AUGUACAAUUCAGAUAGUUCCGUUGGUCCGAAGUCUUCUAAUUCAAAAAACAGGGGUUACAAACCACCACAUAGAAAUCAAGUUGUUCGACAUUUAAAAGAUUUAAACAAACAUCAUCAUGAUCUAUUGAAAGAAGAAUUAAAAACAGUUUAUCGAUUGAGCAUUACACUUGAUUUCUGGUCAAAUCGAAAAAAUGAAUCAUUUCUUUGUAUUACAGGUCAUUGGAUGAAUAAUUCUCUUGAUUCUAUUUCGAAAAUCAUUGAUUUUUCUUGCUUCAACGAACGACAUACAGCUAUUGAAAUUGCAAAAGUUUUAAGAGAAAAAAUGAUUGAUUUGGGUGUUUAUGAAAAAGUUUUUUGUAUUACUUGCGAUGGUGCUGAAAAUUUGGUUUUAGCUUGCGAGCUGUUAAAUGAAGACAUUUUUAGAAUUUGGUGCUAUGCUCAUAGGCUUCACUUGGUGGUCAUUAAUGGUUUAGGAUUUUGGAUGUCUGAUAAGAAGAAACAUACUGAUGAACCUGGUUAUUCAUCGGCAAAUAUUUUGACAUUUAAUACUACAACAUCUAUUGUUACUGAUCAAGAAAUUGAACAAGAAAACAUGGAUGUAGAAUGGGAUCUUGAAUUAAAUGAUGAUUCAUGGAACAUUAACCGUGUUGAUUUAAUUGAUGAAACAGAUACAUAUGAUACUAUUGAUGCUACAGCCAAUGCUGAAUUUAGUGGAACAACAUAUUUCUAUGAUGAUGAAAUUAUUAAUGAACAAGAUAUUGUUGAAUUAAUGAAUGAUAGCUGGUCGAAUGUUAUUAAAGAUCUCGUCAAUUUAACACAACCACAAAAAUGA